AGCGUGUCUUUUACCAAAUCUGCUUUGCUUCUGAGGAGCCCUUUUCUCCCUCCUGUAUCUGAGCCUAUGUUCUGGGGAUGGCCUGGGAGUCUGGAGCAUCCUCCUGAGGGGGGAGCUGGUACCCUGCGGCAUCUCUUAGGAUGAACCAUCCAGCCACAUCCCUGGGACGCUGCAGAAUGGCAUAGAGGAGGCGUUUUAAGCAGACGGGAGCUAGGCGUGCUGCAGGACCCUGACGACCAGGCACUGGCAGGAGUGCGUGAAGGGGGUCUCUGUUCCCGACGGAGGGCAUCAUGGCCUCCAUGCUGCUCACCCGGCCGCUGGCCUGCAGAUUCCAACACAGCUACCACCUGCUUGUGCCCGGAUCCAGACAGAUCAGUCAGGCUGCAGCCAAAGUCGACGUUGAAUUUGAUUAUGAUGGGCCUUUGAUGAAGACGGAAGUUCCAGGGCCUCGAUCUCGGGAGUUAAUGAAACAGCUAAAUAUAAUUCAGAAUGCAGAGGCCGUGCACUUUUUCUGCAAUUACGAGGAGAGCCGAGGCAAUUACCUGGUAGAUGUGGAUGGCAACCGGAUGCUGGAUCUUUAUUCCCAGAUCUCCUCGGUCCCCAUAGGUUACAGCCAUCCCGCUCUCAUGAAACUCGUCCAACAGCCUCAAAAUGUGAGCACAUUCAUCAACAGACCUGCGCUCGGAAUCCUUCCUCCGGAGAACUUUGUGGAGAAGCUCCGGGAGUCCCUGCUCUCGGUGGCUCCCAAAGGAAUGUCGCAGCUCAUCACCAUGGCCUGCGGCUCCUGCUCCAAUGAAAACGCCUUCAAGACCAUCUUCAUGUGGUACCGGAGCAAGGAAAGGGGCCAGUCAGGUUUCUCCAAGGAGGAGCUGGAGACGUGCAUGAUUAACCAGGCCCCCGGGUGCCCUGACUACAGCAUCCUCUCCUUCAUGGGCGCGUUCCACGGGAGGACCAUGGGUUGCUUAGCGACCACGCACUCCAAAGCCAUUCACAAGAUCGACAUCCCUUCCUUCGACUGGCCCAUCGCACCAUUCCCCCGGCUGAAGUAUCCCCUGGAAGAGUUUGUGAAGGAGAACCAGCAGGAAGAGGCCCGCUGUCUAGAAGAGGUGGAGGACCUGAUCGUGAAGUACCGGAAGAAGAAGAAGACGGUGGCCGGGAUCAUCGUGGAGCCCAUCCAGUCUGAGGGCGGAGACAACCAUGCGUCGGACGACUUCUUCCGGAAGCUGAGAGACAUCUCCAGGAAGCACGGCUGCGCCUUCUUGGUGGAUGAGGUCCAGACAGGAGGGGGCUGCACCGGCAAGUUCUGGGCCCACGAGCACUGGGGCUUGGAUGACCCGGCAGACGUGAUGACCUUCAGCAAGAAGAUGAUGACUGGGGGCUUCUUCCACAAGGAGGAGUUCAGGCCCAACGCUCCUUACCGGAUCUUCAACACGUGGCUGGGGGACCCAUCCAAGAACCUGCUGCUGGCCGAGGUCAUCAACAUUAUCAAGCGGGAGGACCUUCUGAACAACGCCGCGCAUGCCGGGAAGGCCCUGCUCACGGGCCUGCUGGACCUCCAGGCCCGGUACCCCCAGUUCAUCAGCAGAGUGAGAGGACGAGGCACCUUCUGCUCCUUCGACACUCCAGACGAAUCCAUACGGAAUAAACUCAUUUCAAUAGCUAGAAACAAAGGCGUGAUGCUGGGGGGCUGCGGCGACAAGUCCAUCCGUUUCCGUCCCACUCUGGUCUUCAGGGAUCACCAUGCACACCUGUUCCUCAAUAUUUUCAGCGACAUCUUAGCCAACUUCAAGUAAAGAAGCCAUUUCCACUACGCUCUGAGAAAGCCCCGAUCUCAACAAUCGUCAAAUUGAUUAGUUUGCCUAAUUCAUGUUUUCACUUAAAGUAUCAGAGGUGACUGCAUCAGCUGGGGGGUUAUUUGUCGGGAGGGGAUGUUUUUGGUGGCUUGGGGGGUAGGGGAGGGAGGAGGGGCUGGUUUGGGUUUCCCUCCCUGCAGAGCCAAUGGUACACAUUGGUUUAAGCUCAGACAUUCUACUUGAGCCCUGGACAUAGUCUUAGGAUGGGCCCUGGGGGUCCUGGCCAUGUAUCUGCCGACAGUAUCUUUGGAAACCGGUCAAGGGAAUGACACCUGCUCCUGGGACUGGUGUGGGACUCCUGAGUUCUGGUCCCUCUCAAGUGAUACAUUCUGUGAGGGGAGGGUGUGGACUCCCCUUGCCCUGUGCAAAGACAUGAUUCACCCUCUCCCCCAGGCCCUGGAGCUCUGAGCAUGUCCCACGUGCAGCCCAGUGAUGGGCAGGACAGAGCAUGUGCAGGACAGCAGGGACACUGGGGUUGAGCCUGGGGGUGUGGAAAGUAUAGGAGGAUAUGUGUGCAAGGGGGUGUGGUCUCCUAGCCACUCUCUCCAUGCCUCUGGGGAUUCCUCCAUAAACUGUGAAUUCUCUCCUCGAUGGGGCUUCAUCCUGGGAGAAUCUCUGGGUGGCAUCACUGGCAGGUCUUACUUGCUGUCUUUCAUUCCCCAAACUCUCUCCCUCCUAUUAAACACUUCCUUGGUGGAAGGAAAGCUGUGGCCCCAUCAUUCACGGGGACACAUGUGAACCGAAGGGUCAGAAGCACGCCUGUGGCCCGGAAGUGUCAGCCCAGGCCUGGGGCAGCAGAGCCCCAUCCCCCUGCCCCGUGGCAUCCGGGGUCUGAAUCUGGACCCCUCCCCUAGGGGGACCCUUUCUCUAGCUUUAGCUCAUCCACCUUUGCUCCGCUUCUGAGCAGCCCCAGGAGCAGCUCUGCUGCUCCGUCAGACGGAGUCGGUUGCUGACCUAGGUGUCUCGAGGGAAGCAUC